CGCGCUGCGCUGGGCGGCGGGAUACCUGGAAGUCUUCAGCCAGCCUCGGGAAAGGUGGCGCUAUGGCUGCUGGAAGUGCAGCUGCCGGCGUAUGCCUGCGGGAAGCCACCCAGCGAAAGUUGCAGAGGUUUUCAGAGCUGAGAGGCAAACCUGUGGCAGCUGGAGAAUUCUGGGACAUUGUUGCAAUAACAGCAGCUGAUGAAAAACAGGAACUUGCUUAUAAGCAACAACUGUCAAAAAAGCUGAAAAAAAAGGAGUUACCCCUUGGAGUUCAAUAUCAUGUUUUUGUUGAUCCUGCUGGAGCAAAAAUUGGAAAUGGAGGAUCAACACUUUGUGCCCUUCAAAGUUUGGAAAAGCUAUAUGGAGAUAAAUGGAAUUCUUUUACCAUCUUGUUAAUUCACUCUGGUGGCUACAGUCAACGCCUUCCAAAUGCAAGUGCUCUGGGGAAAAUUUUCACUGCCUUACCUUUUGGUAACCCCGUCUAUCAGAUGUUAGAAUUAAAACUCGCCAUGUACAUUGAUUUCCCCUCACAUAUGAAUCCUGGGAUUCUGGUUACCUGUGCAGAUGAUAUUGAACUUUAUAGUAUUGGAGAAUCUGAGUUUAUUAGGUUUGACAAACCUGGCUUUACUGCUUUAGCUCAUCCUUCUAGUUUAACUGUAGGUACUACACAUGGAGUUUUUGUUUUAGAACCUUGUAAUGGUGUAGAAUAUAGAGACCUUGAAUACAGACGUUGUCAUCGUUUCCUUCAUAAGCCCAGUAUAGAAAAGAUGCAUCAAUUUGAUGCUGUGUGUAGACCUGGAAAUUUUUCUCAACAGGACUUUGUGAGGGGUGAUACUCCCUCUCUUAAAUUAGACCCUGAGUAUGUCUACACAGACAGCCUAUUUUACAUGGAUCAUAAAUCAGCGAAAAAGUUACUGGGUUUUUAUGAAAGAAUAGGCACGCUGAACUGUGAAAUAGAUGCCUAUGGAGACUUUCUGCAGGCUUUGGGACCUGGAGCAACUGUGGAGUACACCAGAAACACAUCAAAUGUCACUAAAGAAGAGUCAGAGCUGGUAGAUAUGAGGCAGAGAAUAUUUCAUCUUCUUAAAGGAACAUCACUAAAUGUUGUUGUUCUUAAUAACUCCAAAUUUUAUCACAUUGGAACAACUGAAGAAUAUUUGUUUCAUUUUGCUUCAGAUAGCAGUUUGAAGUCAGAGCUUGGCUUACAGUCCAUAGCCUUUAGCAUCUUUCUAGCAGUACCAGAAUGCUCUGCUAACACAUCCUGUAUCAUUCAAAGUAUCCUGGAUUCAAGAUGUUCUGUGGCGCCUGGCUCAGUUGUGGAGUAUUCCAGAUUGGGGCCUGAUGUUUCAGUCGGGGAAAACUGCAUUGUUAGUGGUUCUUAUAUCAUAGCAACAGCUGUCCUGCCUGCAUAUUCUUUUGUGUGUUCCUUAAGCUUGAAGAUGAAUGGACACUUAGAGUAUUCAACUAUGGCAUUUGGAGUGCAAGACAACUUGAAAAAGAAUGUUAAAACAUUGUCAGAUAUAAAAUUACUUCAAUUCUUUGGGGUCUGUUUUCUGUCAUGCUUAGAUAUUUGGAAUCUGAAAGUUACAGAGGAACUGUUCUCAGGAAACAAAACAUGUUUGAGUUUGUGGAAUGCUCGUAUUUUCCCAGUUUGUUCUUCUUUGAGUGAUUCGGUUACAACAUCCCUAAAGAUGUUAAAUGCUGUGCAGAACAAGUCAACAUUCAGCCUGAAUAACUAUAAGCUAUUGUCCAUUGAAGAAAUGCUUGUCUACAAAGAUGUAGAAGACAUGAUAACUUACAGGGAGCAAAUUUUUCUAGAAAUUACUGCGAAUAGAAAACAGUCUGGUUUAGAGACAUCUUAAAUGUUGUAUACUUUGCCUUUCUUGGUUGAGCAAGAUUGCAGAUAUAGAAGUUUUCUGUAGACAUUUGUUUGUUUCAUUGAAAUGAAUUAAGAAAAAUAUAUUAACAUAAUUGCUGUAGCACUACAUAAAUAACACAAAUACACAUAAGAUAUUUUUUGAUGAAAAUUAAUAUUUCAAGUCUAAGUUCAGAAAAAGAAAUGGAUGUUUAUCACUAUUUUUAAUUUUUCUUUUAAUAAAGGUGGAUUUAUGGAGCAUUGUUUUCUUCACAUAAUACUAUAGUAGUUUUAAAGGUAAUCUUUUAAACAUACCUUUAGAGUUUUUCCAUCUUCUUUUGGGCUUUGGUUCCAAUAAAGCUCUAAAUUAUUGUCAGGUCUCUCCUCAAACGUCAUAGUCCUAGUCUGAUGAAUUAAUAAAAAUGGCAUACUAUAGGGUCUUCAGAGCACUGUACGAAUACUGUAGAAAUACUUUUUUGGAGACAGAUCCAUAGCUGACAAAUUCAGAUUAAAUCAAUGCUUAAAAUACCGUGAUUAUCUUAAUUGAUAAAUAACUAGAUAACAAACGGCUCUGAAAUUGAUGAUAAAAAUUUAUCUUAUUUAUUGAUCUCAUCAAAAUGAAACAAAAAGGGUGUCUAUGUUAUUUUGUCCUUAUAAACUUAAACAUGUUUGUAUAUUUUAAAUCUUUUCCCUAAAGUUCCAUCCACAGGAAAACACACACACACACAAAACUCAAGUAUCUGUGUGAGGAAGAUGUUAGGAAUAAUUGGGAUUCACUAUAAUCAUAUAAGUUCACUUUGGACAUUACUCUCAUCCUCUCUUAUUAAUCCCAUUAAUAGAACUGUUAAAUUACCAGAUGGACUGAUUUUACUUUCCAUUUCCUAUCUUCUGUCCAUGCACUGGUGAUGAUGCUGAGAAGCAAUAAAUGGCCAAAAGGUACACAGCAGGAAGGAGCCAGAAGAAUAGAAGGACUGAGAAAAUACACAGAUGAUAAACAGCUUCAAGAAAAUAAAAAUUGGCUGGAAUCCCAAGUUAUAUGUUCCUAUUUUGGUAAAAGCAUGUGAAAUGUCUUCAUAUCGAAGUCUAAUAACAGAAAAGGUAUAUCCGUUUUGUGGUUUAACAUGAAUAAAUAGAAAUAAGAACUGGUCUUUGCCACUUUUAUUUAUGUAUUAACAUAUCAAUAUGAAAGUAAUUGGAAAACCAGAAGUAACUUGUCUGCAACCCUCAAUUAUAAUAUUUGUGUGUGUGUGUUCUUUUUUUCAAGGUUCUUCCCAAGGAGAAAAUAGAGAUAUAUGGUAGCUAUUGUUUAGCAUUUACUGAUUUACUUGCAGACCUUUCAGAGGAUAUGUGUUUGUUGUUCAUUAAAUGUUCAAUACUGUAUUUCAUAUAAUCUAAAGUGCCAUCAAUUAUUAAGAAUCACCAUUAUUUUAUGUUCCACU